GAAUCCAGUUGGCAUCUCUCUAUAUCUCUAUGGGAACUUGAGCUGUAUUGUUAUCGUUCGUUCACUCACUCACUCCGACGUGCGGCGGCGAUCGCCAGUAAUAAACGAGCUAACUCGCUAAACGGUCGUUUGAUUGCUAUUCCCUCUAACGCGUAUAUAACAUCUGGCGACGGGUACCCUCAAGUGCAAAAUAAAGUGAACAUGUCGAGCUUAAUUGGAAAUAUUAGCGUUUUUGACCACAAAAUUCACGAGUGGUCAAUAUUUUAUAGUCGGCUGUCUCAGUUCAUCAAGCUAAAUAAAAUAGUGGAGGACAAUAAGAGUGCGGUAUUGCUGACACAUCUUUCUGACGAGUCAUACCGUUUAGCGCGGGAUCUAGUACAUCCGAAAGAGCUUGAAAAAUUAUCUUAUCAAGAUCUAACGAAAGCGUUGGAAGAUCAUUUCACACCAAAGAGGUCAACUUUUGCCGAUAGGGCAAAUUUUUACGAAGCAUCGAGAUUCGAAAAUGAGAGUAUCGAGGACUGGGCGGCACGUCUCAGAGGGCUAGCCGUAUACUGCGAGUUUGGAUCGGCGCUGGAUACCUUAUUGCGGGAUCGCUUCGUAUUGGGCCUGGGUGCGGGUAUGGUUCGAGAUCGCCUGUUCGAGCAAGACUCAGCUUCGCUAACGCUAGCCAGGGCGCUGGAGAUAGCCCAGCAAGCCGAGUGUGCGAGGCGCGCGCGCAGCAGCGUCGGAGUGGAGCCGAGCAUCAAGGAGGAGCCUGUGUACCGCGUGAGCGAGCGUCGGGGCUGCCAAGGACGACGUGGAGCGGCUGCGAGCGACAGCGAUACGAGGUGCACGGUGUGUGGGCUGAAGAACCACGAUGCGUCAAAGUGUCGUUAUAAAAACUACAGGUGUCAAGUGUGUGGUGAAAAAGGGCAUUUAAAGAAAGUGUGUAAAGUGCAGCGGGAUGGAGUGAAUCGGUUAAACAACAUGAGCGUGGAACCGGAUGCGGAUGAACAUAAUUGUAAAGAAUGUAAAUUGUUUAAUGCGAGAGUUUCAAAAUAGAGAAGAAGGGAUUGAGCUGUAUUGUUAUCGUUCGUUCACUCACUCACUCCGACGUGCGGCGGCGAUCGCCAGUAAUAAACGAGCUAACUCGCUAAACGGUCGUUUGAUUGCUAUUCCCUCUAACGCGUAUAUAACAGAACUACCAGGCUUUACUAUUUAUAAGCUAAAUCAUUGUAAGAAAGAAUACGCAUAUGGUUUGCUUAUGCUAAUUUAAAAAAUACAUAAAAAUAAAAAUUAGCAUACUAGCGGUGCAUCAAACUAGCAAAGUCGCAUGCAUCCACGUGAGCAGCCUGGUAAUAUCGACACACGGCUUAGAGUCCCCGCAGACAUAGUUAGACUUUUAGUUGGCCGAUAGUUGAUAAUGUCAAUAAAAUAGUCGGCAGCAAUCCGCAUAAUCGCGACACGUUUCAAAAUGGAUCGUGAGCCUAGUGCGUUGCACGAUACGGGACUAUUCCCACCUCUCGUUCCCAUCA